AUGCAUAAUGAUGAUCAUUUAAAAGUCGUUUCAAUGAAUAUACAUGGAAAUAUAAAAACAAGUAUAUCAUCAUAUAAAUGUUGUUUAUGUCGAAAACUAGUUGAUGAUGCAACCUUAACAUGUGCAAAAUGUGUUAAUACAGGUCGAUUUUGUCCAUCUAAACAUGAUACAUGUUCAAAUGAACGAAGACAAAUAUUAAUAAAUAUGUUAAUGUCAAAUGAUUAUGAAGAAUUUCAACAAUAUUCAAAAAAAUAUUCAAUUAAUACACCAGCACAUUUACAAUGUUCUGAUCGAAUGUUUUUAUUAAAAAAAUUCAAUAUAGAAAAAUCAAUUUUACAAGCCCAAUAUCAAACAAAAAUGGAACCAAUAAUUCGACUGCAUCAAAUGUCUGAAGAAAAUCUUGUACGAAAAAAUCGUCUUAACCUUAUUAAUCAAUCUAUAAAGCGGUUACGAGAACAGAUUGAACGAAGCAAAAUAAUUAAACUUGAAAUUCAACAACGUAUGGAUAAAAAAAAUUUAAGAAUACAAUUAAUUAAAAAAAAAAUAAAUGAAAUCAAUAUAGUGUUAAAUUCGUCGAAUGAUAAAAUACGAAUAAAAAAUGACUUACGAAUUAAGCAAGAAAAUCAAUUAAAUAUUAUUCGGCGACAACGUCUUGAUGAAGUAUAUCAAUAUGUAUUUCCUAUUGAACAUGUAUUAUCCACAAAAGAAGAGCUUGCAUCAAGAAUAAGAGUUUUAUCAAAUGUAGGAGAAGAUCGAUAUCAAAUUGUUAAUUCAUGUUUACCAGCUAAUGGAGAAUAUCAAAUUGAUAAACUUCUUCUCACAACUGAUGUUGAAUAUAAAACUUCUGAUGUUGAUUCUGUACUUUCAGCUUUAUCACAUGCUUGUCAAUUAAUUAAUGUUAUUGCAUUUUAUCUUAAUAUUGCUUUACCAUUUCGUUUACAUCAAUUGGAAUUUAAUAGCGAUAAUUUAACAAUAGAUAGUCUUCGUCGUGAUAUUGCUAAAUUAAAUGCAAAUAUAUUUAGUAGUUGUAUAACACAAGAUAUACCAAUAAAAGAUACCAAUGUAACACAUACACUUGAAAAUUUAGUAAAAUUACUUAGAUUUGAACGAUAUUGUAGUCGACCAAAGCCAGUUAUAUAUUCUCAACAAUAUAUUGAUAUGAUAGAAGAAG